GCUCCAGCCCAGCCUAGACCCGCCGUUCUCCUCCCCAUCCGGGACGCCGCCGCCACCGCCACCACCGCCGACCCAGAAGCGCUGACCCUCUCCGGAUCUCCCCGUGCGAAGACGAGCACGCCCUUGUGAAUGGUGGGAGCCUGCACGACCUCCUCCUCCUCCGCCUCGCCGCCGCAGCCGGAGAGGCCCUCCUCGUCCGCCUCCUUCCGCGGCUUCGGCUCCUGCAUGCAGGGCUGGUACCACCGCUGCAUCGGCCUCGACCCCUGAACGCCUCGUCGCCAGACGGGCGCGCAACGGGCGCAGAGUUUCUUCGAUUCGAUCCCCCCCUGAUUCUGUUUGGUCUGUGAGCUCUUCUUCCUUGGCGAGAAAACAGAGAGAGAGAGAGAGAGAGAGAGAGAGAGAGAAAAGGGAACAGUUCGUUUGAUUUUGUUGGAUUUGGCCCGAUUUGGCCCUUUCUGUGCCGUCGACGAUGAGACUGGGCAAGGAAGACGCCUACGGCAAGGUGGCGCCGGCCGGGUCCGGCGGCCGAGCACGCAUGCUGGUGACGGUGACCGUGCUCGGUAGCGCCGGGCCGCUGCGGUUCCUGAUCGACGAGGGGGAGACGGUCGCUGGCCUCAUCCGGGCCGCGCUCCGCUGCUACGCGCGCGAGGGCCGCAUGCCUCUGCUCGGUGCCGACGCCGCCGGCUUCCUCCUCUACACCGCCAACGGUGGAUCCGACGCGCUCAACGCCGACGAGAAGAUCUACUUCAACGGCUGCAGAAGCUUCCUGCUCUGGCAGAAGGCAGCGCGCGACGCCGCCGCUAAGGGCGGACGGCCGGAGCUGGCGAAUGUUGCGACCUGUAAGCCCUGCAAGAAACGGGUCGGUGGUUGGAAGGGCGGCCUGAACAAGUUCUUCUUCAGCUUCAGCUUCAAGCUGUGAAGCUGAUUUGCUCGUGCCUUCCCAUGCCGGGAUUAUCCUGAGUUCAUCACCAUCGUUGGUAGGGUUAGCGCGUAAUAAUGGCGGCCAAUCUCUGUGUUCGCUGCUAAUUCGAGACCGUUUCAGUUGCUUCCUUCCCUUCGUUAUUUGCUUCGGUUUAUGUUUUCCAUUCCCUGUUCCAAUAUUGGAUACUACUCAUUUCAACAAUAAUAUCACCAUGACCCCGAUCAGUCGCUGUGCUCUAGAUUUCCUUUUCUUAAUUUUGUAGCCAUUUUUCAAAUGCCAAUAUCUGUGACGUGUUUAGUUCAUUACAGAAUUUAGGUGGGAAUGAAUGUGUUUCGUU